AUAGCGUUCGGUUUUUCAACAAAGGACUGUCAUGUGGGUGGCUCUUAUUCAAAUAGUGUUUGUCGGGAUUGUUGUGUGUGGUUUAUAUCGUUGUAACAAAUUCAAUUCAAAGAAGUUCAAAUCGGCUGUUAAAACUGGAAUGAUUUUUGGUGUUGACACAAAAUUCAGACGGUAAUUCAUCAUGGAAAUCAAUAUAAAUACGCAGACUGAGGCGCACGAGGAAAAAGCCUUUGUUUCUACGAUGGCGGACGAUGCUAUUGAUGCUGUCCGAAAACGAGUGAUGAGUAUUCCAGAGUUACGGAGGCACAUUUUCAAUUUCUUACCGCUGGAGAGCAUCAAAGCCUGCAGACUCGUUUGUCACGAUUGGGAUUCAACUGCUGGACCGUUGAUGAUAGCAACGUCACAAAUACGAUUCCGCAACUAUCUUGAUGAACCGGAACGGGCACGCUUACCCGACCAAUUCAUUAGAGAUUUCUCAACCGGCUCAUUGCUGGAGAAAUGCGAUAAAUUUUGCUUCUACAGCCCCGAAAAUUGGAUCGAAUACGACGAUAUGCUCAGCUUCAUCGACCAAUUCGGAGGCACCAUGAAAGAGUUGACGAUUUUUGGAACGUACAUCCGAAACGCUCUUUACACACUGACCCAAAAAAAUCUGAUAAAAUUGAUUCCGUCGCAGUUGACCAAAUUAGAAGUCGUGACGGAUCGUGUCAAGACUAAGUUAAUUGUUUCGAUCGAUCGAUUGGAGAACAUUAAGACAUUACGAUUGGGCGGUUGCAUCCUGAAGAUCAUCGAUGGCGCUGUCUGUGCUCCGGUUGAGCUUCGAUUGAAAAACGUCUUUUUCCUACGAAAUCGCAAAGAUUUUCAGGAAACCGUGAAGCUGAACGAAUUGUUUGACUUCCGUAAUUUGAAGGACCUACAUGUCGAUUGCAGGGAUACCGAAAAUAUCGAACUGAGUCUUUCGGAUGGAGCUCUAAAGUUGAGCACACUGAACUUGAAUCGAGUCAAAAUACUGAAUUGGGAAUCGGCAUGGACUGUGGGCAAACUUACGCUGUGUAAGAAAGCGAAAAUUACUACGGCGUCUGGCAUGAAGUAUGAAGAGUUGGAUUUCGCCGGAUCUGUUCUGGAUUUUGCAGCCCUGCCGGUAACAAUAAAAAGCCUUGCAGUUAAUCGAUUAAAUGCGAAGUUACUUCAUAUCGAGAGCGCUCAGAAUUUGGUGAACCUAAAAUGUUUGACUUUACAUCGUAAGCGUUAUUCACUGCUGACGGCUUUCCAAAACUGUGCAAAUUUGACGCACUUGGAUCUCUAUCCAAUGGAUGAAGGCGAUGUCGAGCUCGUAACCAUCGACGUGAAACUCAUUCCGAAAACUGUAAAAGUAUUACGCUUACGCCAUGACUGUGAAUUGCUGGGAAAAAUUGAUUUUGAAUUGGAAACCGUCAUAAUCGAACAAAUAUCAUUCGACAUUGCGUAUGAUUUUCUGGUGGAAAAUUUGAACGUUAAAAAUGCACUGCUUUACUGCAGUAACUUUACAUUAGAUGCAGACCAUGGAACUGAAAUCGACAAGGUCAUCGAAGGGCUGACGUUGCAGCGUUUCAUUGUUGGACCGUUCUUUCGAUCGGAACCGGAACGAUAUGCGUUUUCAUAUUAUCCGUUCCUUGAACGAGACAUGGCGAAAGCUGACUUUUUCGUUAAAACGGACCAAGAUGCUGCUGUGAUCAAGAAACAAAUAACUAAAACAGAAUUUAAUCGACUGGGAGACGCGUGGUGGACAAAUGAGAGCAUUUCGUUUUAAGACAUAAAUAUUACUUGUACAUCGAACUGUUGGAAUUUUAAUAAAUAGAAUGUCAAAAUCA